ACACUACCCAAACUCAGACCCUCUCCUACACCACCGCCCCAAACUCAGACACCCUCCUACACCACGUCCCCUAAACUCAGACACUCUCCUACACCACCGUCCCCUAAACUCAGACCCUCUCCUACACCACUGUCCCCUAAACUCAGACACUCUCCUACACCACUGUCCCCUAAACUCAGACACUCCCCAAACUCAGACCCUCUCCUACACUACCGUCCCCUAAACUCAGACACUCUCCUACACCACUGUCCCCUAAACUCAGACACUCCCCAAACUCAGACCCUCUCCUACACCACCGCCCCAAACUCAGACCCUCUCCUACACCACCGCCCCAAACUCAGACACUCCCCAAACUCAGACCCUCUCCUACACCACCGCCCCAAACUCAGACACUCCCCAAACUCAGACCCUCUCCUACACCACACCCUCUCCUACACCACCGCCCUAAACUCAGACCCUCUCCUACACCACCGCCCUAAACUCAGACACUCUCCUACACCACCGUCCCCUAAACUCAGACACUCUCCUACACCACGUCCCCCAAACUCAGACACUCCCCAAACUCAGACACUCCCCAAACUCAGACCCUCUCCUACACCACGUCCCCUAAACUCAGACACUCUCCUACACCACUGUCCCCUAAACUCAGACACUCCCCAAACUCAGACCCUCUCCUACACCACGUCCCCUAAACUCAGACACUCUCCUACACCACCGUCCCCUAAACUCAGACCCUCUCCUACACCACUGUCCCCUAAACUCAGACACUCUCCUACACCACUGUCCCCUAAACUCAGACACUCCCCAAACUCAGACCCUCUCCUACACCACCGUCCCCUAAACUCAGACACUCUCCUACACCACUGUCCCCUAAACUCAGACACUCCCCAAACUCAGACCCUCUCCUACACCACCGCCCCAAACUCAGACACUCCCCAAACUCAGACCCUCUCCUACACCACCGCCCCAAACUCAGACACUCCCCAAACUCAGACACUCUCCUACACCACCGUCCCCUAA